CGCCCCCGGCCCGCCCGCCUGGCACCGCGCCCCGGGGCUGGGGCCGAGCGAGGAGCCCGCGAGGCGGCGAGAGGCCGAGCGCCAGGCCGGCCUGCCCGGGGCCCCGCCCCGCCCCCGCCGCCCGCCCGAUGGGGAACGCUCCGUCCCAAGAUCCGGAGCGAAGCAGCCCCCCCAUGCUGUCUGCGGACGAUGCCGAGUACCCGCGGGAGUACCGGACCCUGGGGGGCGGGGGCGGGGGCGCCGGGGGCCGGCGUUUCUCCAACGUGGGCCUGGUGCACACGUCAGAGCGGCGGCACACUGUGAUCGCCGCGCAGAGCCUGGAGGCGCUCAGCGGGCUGCAGAAGGCGGACGCCGACCGCAAGCGCGACGCCUUCAUGGACCACCUGAAGAGCAAGUAUCCGCAGCACGCGCUGGCCCUGCGCGGCCAGCAGGACCGCGUGCGCGAGCAGGUUGGCGGCUGGACUGUGGACCCUGUUUGCCUCCUCAGCUCCCUCUGCUCCCACCUGCAUGGCGACUCCACGCCCUCCGGGGCUGGCCAGCCCGCCCAGCAGCCAAACUACUGGAGUUUCAAGACCCGCAGCUCGCGCCACACGCAGGGAGCCCAGCCUGGGCUGGCCGACCAGGCAGCCAAGCUGUCCUACGCCUCGGCUGAGUCGCUGGAGACCAUGUCGGAGGCCGAGCUGCCCCUGGGCUUCAGCAGGAUGAACCGCUUCCGCCAGAGCCUGCCCCUCUCGCGCUCUGCCAGCCAGACCAAGCUGCGCUCGCCAGGGGUGCUCUUCCUGCAGUUCGGGGAGGAGACGCGGCGCGUGCACAUCACGCACGAGGUCAGCAGCCUGGACACGCUGCACGCCCUCAUCGCCCACAUGUUCCCGCAGAAGCUCACCAUGGGCAUGCUCAAGUCGCCCAACACCGCCAUCCUCAUCAAGGACGAGGCGCGCAACGUAUUCUACGAGCUGGAGGACGUCCGGGACAUCCAAGACCGCAGUAUUAUUAAGAUCUACAGGAAGGAGCCGCUGUAUGCUGCCUUCCCCGGAUCCCACCUCACCAACGGGGAUCUCCGGAGAGAGAUGGUGUACGCGUCGCGGGAGUCCUCGCCCACGCGGCGUCUCAACAACCUGUCGCCGGCCCCGCACCUGGCAUCGGGCUCACCACCCCCUGGGCUGCCGUCGGGGCUGCCGUCCGGGUCGCCGUCGCGCUCGCGCCUGUCCUACGCCGCCGGGGGGCGCCCGCCCUCCUACGCUGGCAGCCCUGUGCACCACGCGGCCGAGCGACUGGGGGGCGCCACGGGGGCAGCGACGGCGGGGGCGCCGGGCGUGAGCCCCAGCCCCAGCGCCAUCCUGGAGCGGCGCGACGUGAAGCCGGACGAGGACCUGGCGGGCAAGGCGGGCGGCAUGAUGUUGGUGAAGGGCGAGGGUCUGUAUGCCGACCCCUACGGGCUGCUGCAUGAGGGCCGCCUGAGCCUGGCGGCGGCCGGCGAACCCUUCGCGUUCCCGGGCCCCGGCGGGCUGUACAAGCGCGGCUCGGUGCGCUCGCUCAGCACCUACUCGGCCGCCGCGCUACAGUCCGACCUGGAGGACUCGCUCUACAAGGCGGCGGCCGGCGGCGGCGCGCUCUACGGGGACGGCUACGGCUUCCGCCUGCCGCCCUCAUCCCCGCAGAAGCUGGCGGACGUGGGCGCGCCCCCCGGCGGACCCCCGCCGCCCCACAGCCCCUACUCAGGCCCGCCCAGCCGCGGCUCGCCGGUGCGCCAGUCCUUCCGCAAGGACUCGGGUUCCUCGUCCGUCUUCGCCGAGAGCCCCGGGGCCAAGACGCGCAGCGGCACCGGGGGCGCCUCUGGAACCGGGGUUCCCCCGCCCGAGCUCUUUCCCGGGCCCGGAGAGCGCGCGCUCGUGGGCUUUGGGCCUCCGGUGCCAGCCAAGGACGCGGAGACCAGGGAGCGCAUGGAGGCCAUGGAAAAGCAGAUUGCCAGCCUCACGGGCCUGGUACAGAGCGCCCUCCUUCGGGGCUCGGAGCCUGAGACCCCCAGUGAGAAGAUCGAAGGCUCUAACGGGGCAGCCACGCCCUCAGCACCGUGCGGGUCAGGCAGCCGCAGUAGCGGGGCCACCCCGGUGUCCGGCCCUCCCGCACCCUCGGCCGGCGGCGCCCCUGCGGAGAAGCCCACGUCGGUCAGCCGUCUGCAGAUGCAGCUGCACCUGCGCGGUCUGCAGAACAGCGCUAGUGACCUGCGCGGCCAGCUGCAGCAGUUGCGCAAGCUCCAGCUCCAGAACCAGGAGUCGGUGCGCGCUCUGCUGAAGCGCACGGAAGCGGAGCUGAGCAUGCGCGUGUCGGAGGCGGCGCGGCGGCAGGAGGACCCGCUGCAGCGACAGCGCACCCUGGUGGAGGAGGAGCGGCUGCGCUACCUCAACGACGAGGAGCUCAUCACCCAGCAGCUCAAUGACCUGGAGAAGUCAAUGGAAAGGAUCCAGCGGGACGCAUCUCAUAGCCACCGGCUGGUACCCGGCCCGGAGCUGGAGGAGAAGGCGCUGGUGCUGAAGCAGCUCGGGGAGACGCUGACGGAGCUCAAGGCUCACUUCCCGGGGCUGCAGAGCAAGAUGCGCGUGGUGCUACGCGUGGAGGUGGAGGCCGUGAAGUUCCUCAAGGAGGAGCCGCAGCGCCUGGACGGGCUGCUGAAGCGUUGCCGCAGUGUCACCGACACCCUGGCCCAGAUCCGCAGGCAAGUGGAGGAGGGUGCGUGGCCGCCGCCCAACAACCUCCUGAGUCAGUCCCCCAAGAAGGUGGUGGCCGAGACCGACUUCAGCAAGGGCUUGGACUUCGACCUGCCACCCCCCAGUCCUCCACUGAACCUGCAUGAGCUGAGUGGCCCAGCAGAGGGGGCUCCCCUCACCCCCAAGGGCGGCAACCCCACCAAAGGCCCAGAUGCUCCUGGGAAGCGAAGUGUGGACAAGGCCGUGUCUGUAGAGGCGGAGCGGGACUGGGAGGAAAAAAGAGCAGCACUGACCCAGUACAGCACCAAGGACAUCAACCGGCUGCUGGAGGAGACGCAGGCCGAGCUGCUCAAGGCCAUCCCUGACCUGGACUGUGCUGGGAAGGCCCACCCGGGCCCAGCCCCCGCCCCGGACCACAAGCCCCCCAAAGUUCCCCACGGCCAGAAGGCGGCACCCCGCACAGAGCCCAGUGGGAGGAGGGGCUCAGAUGAACUGACAGUGCCCCGCUAUCGCACCGAGAAGCCUUCCAAGUCGCCACCGCCACCCCCUCCCCGCCGCAGCUUCCCCUCAACACAUGGCCUGACCACCACACGCACUGGGGAGGUGGUGGUCACCAGCAAGAAGGACUCGGCCUUCAUCAAGAAGGCAGAGUCCGAGGAGCUGGAGGUGCAGAAGCCCCAGGUGAAGCUGCGCCGUGCCGUGUCGGAAGUGGCCCGCCCUGCCUCCACGCCCCCCAUCAUGGCCUCGGCCAUCAAGGACGAGGAUGACGAGGACCGAAUCAUUGCCGAGCUGGAGGUGUUUGAGAGAAGUUCUGUGUCCUCCCUCCCCCCUACGUCCCGCCGCCAGCAGAUCCCCACCUUGCUGUCCCCCCAGGACCUGGGGCCCCCCAGGGGCUUGGCCCUGGGCCCCCCGAGGAAGGCGGCCCCAGAACCCCCAGCCUCCUACGUCCCCCGGAUCAUCCUGACAGAGUGUGCCCCAUCCCCACCAGAAGGCAGCAGUGAGGAUCCAGGCGCCUGCUCGGCCCCCACACCGAGACCCCGGACCCUGGACAGCCCCAGGCCCCAGGCUCUGCCGGAGCUGGUGGCCACAGCCUCCUGGCCCAGGAGCAGCUUGGUGCCUGUGAAGGGUGGGGCAGCUGGGAAGAGACUGGCCAGAGGCAACUGUCCCUGGGCACCAACCCCGGAUGGGACUCAGGAGCCCCCCACCAUGCAGACAGCUACAGAGGAGACCCUCAGGGACUGGGGUCAUGGGGUACAAACCUGCUGUGGGGAGCUGCCAGCGGGUGACCCCAGCUGCACAAUGUGGAGGGAUAGCCUGGAGGAGACGCUGCAGGAGCUGGAGGCCACCCUGAGGGAGCUGGGCGCAGGGCCCCCUGCUGGUCCCUCUGUCCUGCACCCCAGACCCCAGAGUGGUGGUGGCACUGUGCCACCCAUGAAGGUGGUGACCCCCGGGGCCUCGAGGCUGAAGGCGGCCCAGGGCCAGGCAGGCAGCCCCGACAAAGGCAAGCAUGGCAAACAGCGGGCAGAGUACAUGAGGAUCCAGGCACAGCAGCAGGCCACUAAACCAUCUAAAGAGAUGAGCGGGUCGAAUGAGACCUCAAGCCCAGUGUCAGAAAAGCCCUCGGCUUCCAGAACCUCCAUUCCCGUAUUGACUUCCUUUGGGGCAAGGAAUUCUUCCAUCUCCUUCUAGAACCUUCUAGAAGCCCUGCACCGCCCCCCCCCAGUCAUCCCUUCCCUCUUCCUGCCAUCUUUGCCUCUCUCCCAUGGACCCUUGGGGGACCCCACCACAUGGCCCUCCUCAUACCUCUGCACUCCUCCUCCUGUUGGUGUUUUUGGUUUUGUUUUCAUUAAUGAUUCACUUUUAAUUAUCUUUUUUUAAAAAGUCAAAACAGUAAAACUGAAAACCAAACACACCACCUUCCCUUGACUCCCUGUUCCCCGUGGCCUCUUCCUGUCAUCGUCUGUCCCUUCUCUCUCUCACCCCUGCCCUGUUCCCCUCCCUGCCCCCCCCCUCGAGAAAACUCCAAGCAAACUUUGAGCCACGGAGACUUGGAGCGGCGGUGGCAGCGAGAGAGCCCUCUCCCUUCCCUGUCUGGAGCCCCAUGAAGACCUGGGGCCACCUCAGCUUACGGCAGGACCAGGGACCAGGGGAUGGGCGUGACCCUGGCCCGGAGACAGAACGCUGCUGCCGCUGCGGCUCUGCCCCUUCCUAGCGUGUCCAGCACACCCAGAGGCCAGAAGCAUCAGCAGGGGCCGCAGAGGGACUGAGGCUGGGACUGACGGUCUGGGCCGGGUGUGUGGCUGAGGUGACCAGGCCUGCUGUCCCACCCGAGGAGCCCCCCACUGACUGGUGGGGAGGAGCUGCUGGUGCUAGCCCAGGAGGAGGCAUCAGGGACACUGUCAUGGAGGGAGGGAGGCAGUGGGGACAGCUUGCCACUGAGCCACAGCUGGCGGGGAGAAGGCGGCCAGAAGGAGACUUUGUACUUUUAGUUUCCUAAUUUAGCACUUUAAAUGCCAUUAACUUAUUGGAUGGGGGUGGGGGGUGACCAGGAAAGGGCCUGGCAGAUUGGGUCUGGAAGCCUGAGGGUGGGAGGGAAAUGGGGAGCAUAGCCGGGGGCUUGGGGUCCCUGAGCAUAGCUCUGACUCCACAGGUAGGGCUGACCUGACCUUCAGCAUCCUUUUUGUGACUUGAGGGCUUUCAGGGAGGGGGUGUAAUGUGGGGAUCUGAUGACUACAGAUGAGAUGUUUGAGGGUCCCCAAGGCCUGGAGGGGAGGAUGGAGGCUAUAGGUCUCCAGUCCUGGGGUGCCCAGGGGCACAGGGACAGAGAUAGAUGGAGGAGAUGGAGUGGCGGCCCCAGGGAACAGGGUUCCAAAUUGGAGCACAAAGACAGGGGAAGCACAGGGAAGGGACUUGGGGAUUGUCCCCCAUAAGCACAGAGAGGAGGAGCCAUUAAAGGGGACAGAGCCCAUGUCCCUGGGGCCCCGGGUGGGGGGAUGGGGGGCUGCUGAGUGUUGGGGGGGCUGGGUGAUGUUUCUUCAUUCCUUUGGGAUUAUUUUUGGUUUCUGUUUUUUGUUGGUUCAUCCUUGUUUUCUAGCUUCAGACCAUUUUUGUACCAAGGCAAGUGAGCCUUUUUGAAAAAUAACAAAGAGAAAAAAUCCCUCCCAGAAAAAAAAAAAAAAAACACAAAAAAACCUAGAAAAUAGGAAAAAAAAAAAAAGGACCUCAUAAAUGAUGCAAUUACUUUUAAUUGCAGGCAACUCUUUACAUUUAAGUGAAGUGUCUUAACAUUUUAUAUUGUUUUAAAAAUAUAUUUACAUAUUAUAUAUAUAUAAUAUACGUAAUAUAAAUAUAUUAUAAAUAUUUAAAAAAGAAAAAAAAAAGGAACCCAUGGCCCUCUCUCCCUGACCGUUGUCUCGGCAGGGCUGGGGCCUGGGGACAGCAAGGCGGGGCUGAGGCCAGUCCAGGGGCGCGAUGCUUAGGUCUGGGUACAGAGACCCCCCCAUUCGGGAGGGGAGGGGGGAGUGGUGCCCCCUCCUCCCUCCGCUCCAUCACUCUGCUUGCUACUCGCGCGCCUCACAGCACCUCAGCCCUGUGACUGAGUGCGUACCCCACUGUCGUCGUCCUGAGUUGAUGUCCCUUUGUGGGGGAGAGGAGGGGAGUGUCCAUCCGUGUGGGGCCGAUACAGGGGACCCCACCCCGCCCACUCCAGGAGAGUCCAGUGGGAUCCGCAUCUUUCUUGCUUUAGUUCCCGCACACAGCCGGGUUGGGCGGCGCUUGCGACUGGGUGGGUGCAGCUGUGCGUGCGUGUGCACAGGUCCAAGGCCUCUUAGCUGUGCGUGUAGAUGCAUGAGGAGUGUGUGCACGCGAAUGGCCUGUGUGUGCGCGUGUGCGUGUGAGGGGAGGAGAGAUGUGCACGAGGGCGCGUGUAAGCCGCUUGGGCACUGGCACGUGCCUGCCUGUUUGUGCAUGGGAGGGCGCUCUGCACGUGAGAACACGCGGCGUGUGCAGCGUGUGUGCAGACGUGCCUGGCUUCCAGAGACCCAUGACAUGGGGACCCCAAAGGCGUGGACACGGAGGUGCAUGGGACCCCUCUGCGGCCUUGUGCGUGUGCAUGCGUGUGCGUGUGUGCGUCUCACCGUCCCCGCACCUCCGCCUGGCUUCCUUGCUCAGAGCCCCCCACCCCAAGCCCGCAGCACGUCCGCACCCCGCUGCAUGCCGUGCAUCUCGCCGCUCCUCUGCCCACCGCGCCCCGCAUGGGGGCUUCACGUGCCCCUGCCACCGUGCUGUUCCCCGGAGUCUGGUCCUGAGCCAGGCUCGGCUCCACCCCGCCCGCCUCGUAGGGACCCUGUUGGUGUAGCAGUGACGGCUUCUGUGGAUGUUCUGUGACCUCUGUCGGUGUAACUUGACAAUUUCUAAAUGGAAAAGGGUUGCUGUGUUUUCUGUCUUUUUCAACGUUGGGUUCCCCCCCCCCCCCCCUUCUUCCCAGCUCCCUGCUCUCUUUCCUCUUCGGUUUUUCUAGCCGAGUGUUUGGGGCUUUAAUAAAACCUGUUUCUCUUUCCUCUCCUGGA